GCUAUCUCCCCUCCCUCAGACGACCCCCGACCAAAACCCUAGCCCCCAAACCCGCCCAUCGGUCGCCUCCGCCGCCGGAGACGAUGGCGAAGCCGCGCCGCGGCCGCUCCGCCUCGCGCUCCUCCUCGGGAUCCUCCUCUCGCUCGCCGUCCCGCUCCGCCUCCUCGGGCUCCGGCUCCUCCCGGUCGCGCUCCCGCUCCCGCUCCUUCUCGUCGUCGUCGUCCCCUUCACGGAGCCGCUCCCCACCCGCUGCCAAGGCCAGCUCACCUGGGGCACGGAGAGGUCGAUCUCCUUCAUCCCCUGCUAAGAGAGGAUCGCCAUCAAAGAAAGGGCGUUCACCAUCACCACCACCACCUAAAAAGGCUUCACCUCCUAGGAAAGCAUCUCCUGCUCCUGAAUCAGUUGUUCUCCACAUUGAUCAUUUGUCCAGGAAUGUUAAUGAAGCUCAUUUGAAAGAGAUAUUCGGAAACUUUGGUGAAGUGGUUAACGUGGAGCUAUCCAUGGAUCGAAUGGUCAACCUUCCUCGUGGGUAUGGAUAUAUUGAGUUCAAGAAGAGAACUGAUGCUGAGAAAGCUCUUCUUUACAUGGACGGCGGUCAAAUUGAUGGGAAUGUUGUGAAGUUGAGAUUCACACUUGCACCACGGCAAAGGGCUUCUUCACCAAUGAAGGCGCCUCCCCCUCCCCCAAAAAGAGAUGUUCCUCAUAAUGAGAAAGGCGCUCCUAGUGCUGAAAAGGAUGUGCAGCAGCGCAGGGAACCAUCCCCACGAAGGAAGCCAGCUUCACCUCCACGCAAAAGAACUCCUCCAAACCGAAGGAUUGAAUCUCCCAGGCGGCAACCUGAUCCAUCUCCUAGGCGUCGUCCUGAUUCUCCACCUAUUCGUCGUCGAGCAGAUGCUUCGCCUGUCAGGCGUGGUGACACACCUCCUCGUCGGAGACCAGGAUCUCCAGUGAGAAGGCGUUCUCCCUCUCCACCACCUAGAAGGCGUAGAUCACCAAUGCGUCCUUCACCUAGGAGGCUUCGUGGAAGCCCAUCACCACGCAGACGCUCCCCUGGGCCCAUUAGACGGCGGUCACCACCACCACCCCCAAGGCGGCCAAGAAGCCCUCCUGGAAGAAGGCUACCACCUCCACGUCGUCAUAGCCGUUCUCCCCCGCCUCGUCGUCCCCCUCAUUCACGUUCCAGAUCAAUUUCUCCUCGAACCAGGCGAGGACCUCCAUUGAGGCGUGGAAGGUCUGAUUCAUCGUAUUCUCGAUCACCCAGUCCUCCAAGAAAGGGACCAAGAAGGGUAUCAAGGAGCCGCACCCCCCCAAGGCAUCGUAGAGGAAGAAGCAUCUCUAGCGACAGCCGGAGCAGCAGCUCACCUUCCCCGAGGCGCAGGUAGAACUCCUGACAUUGCGUUCCUGGCAGGUAAAACUUCUUUUGUUUCUUGACUAUCACUAUCGUUUGCCUGUGCUUGUGUCUUUCUGAGAGCUCAAGCGGUUGGUUUGAGGGGAUACAGAGAACUCUGCUUAAAAGCUUUCCAGUUAAUCUAGAUUACCAGUGGAGUCUAGUCUGUGAUCUGUAGUUGUCUACUCAGACUCUUGUUGGCAUUGGUUAUGUAGCUCUUCAGUAUUAUCUGUUCUAACUUCGUGACUCUUGCAUUCCGAACCUGAAUAUUCUGUGGUGACACUUGUUCUUAAUACUGUUAUCGUUCGAAGAAGUUCCGACUUAUGUUUGA